AUGGCGAAGAACGACAAAUCAAGAGAAGCUCAGAAAUUGGUGUGGGAAGGAGCCAUACCUCUUCAAAUUCAUCUCCAUGAAUCCGAAGUCACCACUCUUCCUCCCCCUUCCCCUGCUAUGAUUUUGGCUCCUCGUAUAGGAUAUCUGCCCCUGUUAGUAUCGCAGAUCAAGCCGUACUUCAGUAGUACACUUCCUCCAGGUGUCGACACCGUAUGGUUCGAGUACAAAGGACUACCUCUUAAGUGGUAUAUACCAACGGGGGUUCUUUUUGAUCUUCUUUGUUCCGAACCGGAGAGGCCUUGGAAUCUAACGGUCCAUUUUAGGGGAUAUCCUGGAAAUGUCUUGAGUUCUUGUGAAGGUGAAGAUAGUGUGAAAUGGAGCUUCAUUAAUUCGUUGAAAGAGGCUGCGUAUAUAAUCAAUGGGAACUGCAAAAAUGUUAUGAAUAUGUCACAACAUGAUCAGUCAGAACUUUGGCGCUCUGUCUUAAAUGGUAACUUGGAAUCAUACCUACAUUUUGCAUCAAAACUGAAAUUUGGCUUUACUGCGGAUGACCUGUCAAUGAAGUUGAACAUAUCCUCUUUAAAAUCUCGGGAGGCUUCUACUGAGGCAGAUGCUAGUGGACCAACUAAAGCAGGUAGAAUUCCAAUUAGGUUGUACAUCCGAAGUUUCAAUGAAGAUUUUGAUGACUUGGAGGAUUUACCUGUGAUUGAUAGUUGGGACAAUAUAUCUUAUAUAAACCGCCCGGUUGAGAUUAAUGAUGACGGCAAUUGCUUCACUUUGGGUGAUGCCAUCAAAUCUCUUUUGCCUGAGUUUUUCCCCAACAAAACUUUGCCCAAGGAUAGUGCUUGUUCGCCAAAUGUGAAGGAAAACGAGAAAUUAGAACCUGAAGCGGCAGGCAGUGGUGCUACUGGCACUGAUGAAGCAGAAGAAAUGUUACAGGAACGUCUAAAAUCUUGCUCACUGUCGGACACACCUGAACUAAAGCUAAUUCGCAUUCAGGGCAUCGAACCAAAAUUGGAGAUUCCCUUUGCUUGGGUGGUAAACAACCUAAUGAAUCCCGAGCACUACAUUCACAUCAUUGUAUAUGUCAGAGUUGGAUAA